AUGGCAGAGAAGGAACGCCAUGUAAAAGCCAAUGCGCGGGACUACAAUGACAAGUUCUCUUAUGCCGACAAUCACAUCAAAACCUCAAAGUACAACAUCUUCACCUUCCUGCCCAUCAACCUGUUUGAGCAGCUCCAGAGGGUGGCCAAUGCUUACUUCGUAGUGCUGUUGAUACUGCAGUUAAUUCCAGAAAUAUCCUCUCUGUCCUGGUUCACAACCAUCGUGCCUUUGGUGUUGGUGCUGGUCAUCACGGCCGUCAAGGAUGCCACAGAUGACUAUUUCCGACAUAAGAGCGACAAGCAAGUCAACAACCGCCAGUCUCAGGUUCUCAUCAAAGGAAGUUUGCAGAAUGAGAAAUGGAUGAACGUUCGAGUAGGGGAUAUCAUCAAACUAGAGAAUAAUCAGUUUGUUGCUGCUGACAUCCUCCUUCUGUGUAGUAGUGAGCCCUAUGGACUGUGCUAUAUUGAGACUGCAGAGCUAGAUGGAGAGACUAAUCUGAAAGUCCGUCAGGCUUUGACCAUCACCUCAGAUUUGGGAGAUAUUUCUAAACUGAUGGACUUUGAUGGAGAAGUCAUUUGUGAGCCACCAAACAACAAGCUGGAUAAAUUUACAGGAACAUUAUUCUGGAGAGACAAUAAAUACUCUCUAGAUAAUGAAAAAAUGCUGCUGCGUGGUUGUGUGCUCAGAAACACUGAGUGGUGCUUUGGGAUGGUCAUAUUUGCUGGGCUGCAAACCAAACUGAUGCAGAACUGUGGAAGAACAAAGUUCAAAAGGACAAGUAUUGACAAACUGAUGAACACUUUGGUUUUGUGGAUCUUUGCCUUCCUCAUCUGUAUGGGAGUUAUUUUGGCCAUUGGAAACAGUAUUUGGGAGAGUCGCAUUGGCAGAAACUUCCAGGUGUUUCUGCCGUGGAACCAGAUUCAGAGCAGCGCUGGUUUCUCUGGCUUCCUCACCUUCUGGUCCUACAUCAUCAUCCUCAACACUGUGGUGCCCAUCUCACUGUAUGUCAGUGUGGAGGUUCUGCGUCUCGGACACAGUUACUUCAUUAACUGGGACCGGAGGAUGUACUACAGACGGACGGACACUGCAGCUGAAGCUCGCACCACCACCCUGAACGAGGAGCUGGGCCAGGUGGAGUUCAUCUUCUCUGACAAGACCGGCACCCUCACCCAGAACAUCAUGGUAUUCAGCAAGUGCUCCAUUAACGGACAGACGUAUGGUGACGUCUAUGAUGAAUUUGACCAGAAGGUGGAAAUUACAGAAAAAACAUCCUGUGUGGACUUCUCCUUCAACCCUCUCUGUGACAGAAGGUUUAAGUUUUACGACGGCAGCCUGAUUGAAGCCAUUAAACUGGAGGAUCCUGCAGUGCAGGAGUUCUUCAGACUGCUGGCUUUGUGCCACACUGUGAUGCCAGAGGAGAAGAGCGAAGGACAUUUGGUGUACCAGGCCCAGUCGCCUGACGAGGGAGCGCUGGUCACCGCAGCGCGAAACUUUGGGUUUGUCUUCCGGGCUCGAACCCCCGAGACCAUCACAGUGUGUGAGAUGGGACGAGCUGUCACCUACCAGCUGCUGGCCAUACUGGACUUCAACAACGUGCGCAAGAGAAUGAGUGUCAUUGUGAGAAAUCCACAAGGCCAGAUCAAACUUUACUCCAAAGGAGCCGACACUAUUAUCUUUGACCGGCUGGAUCCAUCCAGUGAGGACCUCAUGUGCACUACGUCAGAGCAUCUCAGUGAAUUUGCUGGAGAAGGGCUUCGAACAUUAGCUCUGGCCUACAAAGACCUUGAUGAAAAUGACUUUGAAGUUUGGAUGAAGAAGCUUCUGUUUGCCAGCGCUGUCAUUGAGAACCGCGAGGAUCAGCUGGCUGCUCUCUACGAGGAGAUCGAGCAGGGCAUGAAGCUUCUAGGAGCCACAGCAAUAGAGGACAAACUCCAGGAAGGAGUCCCAGAGACGAUCGCCUGUCUAAAUCUGGCCGACAUCAAGAUCUGGGUCCUCACAGGAGACAAACUAGAGACCGCCAUGAACAUCGGCUACUCCUGCAACAUGCUGCGAGACGACAUGAAUGAGGUGUUUGUUAUCUCUGGCCACACUCUGCUGGAGGUGCAGCAACAACUCAGGAGUGCAAAGGAGCACAUCCUCAGCCUGAGUCGAGUUAGCAGCGCGGGAGAUGUCGAGAAGACAAAUAUGCUUUCAGAUGACUCUGUGUUUGAAGAAACCAUUAUUGCAGAGUACGCCUUAGUCAUCAAUGGACACAGUUUGGCUUAUGCUCUGGAGCCACAGCUGGAGCACGUCUUGCUGGACUUGGCGUGUUUGUGUAAAGCGGUUAUCUGCUGCCGGGUCACUCCGAUGCAGAAAGCUCAGGUGGUGGAGCUGGUGAAGAGGCACAAGAGGGCGGUCACACUGGCCAUAGGAGACGGAGCCAAUGAUGUCAGCAUGAUCAAGACUGCUCACAUCGGUGUUGGCAUCAGUGGUCAGGAGGGGACGCAAGCUGUUCUGGCAUCAGAUUACUCCUUCGCUCAGUUUCGGUACCUGCAGCGGCUCUUGCUGGUGCACGGGCGCUGGUCCUACUUCCGCAUGUGUAAUUUCCUGUGUUACUUCUUCUACAAGAACUUUGCCUUCACGCUGGUCCACUUCUGGUACGGUUUCUUCUGUGGUUUCUCAGCUCAGACUGUUUAUGACCAAUGGUUCAUUACCCUCUUCAACAUAGUCUAUACAUCUUUGCCAGUACUGUCAAUGGGACUUUUUGAUCAGGAUGUCAAUGACCACAACAGCCUUCGCUACCCGAGCCUGUACAAACCCGGCCAACAAAACCUUCUAUUCAACAAGCGCCAGUUUUUCCUGUGCACGCUGCAGGGGAUGGGCACAUCAUUCCUGCUCUUCUUCAUUCCUUACGGAGCCUUCUCCGUCAUGGUGAAAGAGGACGGCUCCCACUUCUCUGACCAACAAGCAUUUGCUGUUACCAUAGCAACAUCCUUGGUUAUUGUCGUAAGUGUUCAGAUUGGACUUGACACACACUACUGGACAGCUGUCAAUCACCUCUUCAUAUGGGGGAGUCUGACUGUGUACUUUGUCAUUUUGUUUGCAAUGCAAAGCAAUGGCAUUUUUGGCAUCUUCCCAAGUAAUUUCCCAUUCAUAGGCACGGCCCGUAACUGUCUGCAGGAGAAGAGUGUAUGGUUGGUCAUUCUGCUCACCACUGUGGUGUGUGUUGUGCCCGGCUUAGCAGUCAGCUUCCUGAGAGUAGAUCUCUUCCCAACUCUAACAGACAAGGUUUGUCACCUACAACAGUCCAGAAAGAGGCAGGGGCCUCAGGAGCGGAGCCUGAGGCGAGUACGUAGGACGAGCUCCCGUCGCUCUGCCUAUGCCUUCUCCCACCAACAGGGCUACGGAGAGCUGAUUACCUCAGGCAAAAACAUGAGGACGAGCGCAGUGUCUUCUGCUCGCUCCCCUGAAAGAACACUGCACAGCACCAAGUGGAUAGAAAAUAUGUUAAAGAGAAAGAACGAAGUCUCUUGCAUCUCUGAAAGUACAGGAGCACCGGAGAGCAGCAACAGAGCAAUACAGACUCCAUAG